AUGCAGCUUUUGGCCCUCGUGACAGGCCUGGUUGGCGUUGCCAAUGCCGCCUGUCCUUAUAUGACCGGUGAAGUGGACAGUCGCAUCGAGCGCAGAGGUGACAAUGAUGCCGCUGCCGACACGGAGGAAUUCUUGUCGGGCUUCUACCUCAAGGAUCAAGACGUUUAUCUGACCUCUGAUGUCGGCGGUCCCAUUGAGGACCAGAACAGCCUCAGUGCAGGCGAGCGUGGUCCAACCCUUCUCGAGGAUUUCAUUUUCCGUCAGAAGAUCCAACGCUUCGAUCAUGAACGAGUACCGGAACGUGCUGUUCAUGCCCGAGGCGCUGGAGCCCACGGGACAUUCACCUCCUAUGGCGACUGGUCUAACAUUACCGCUGCCUCGUUCCUUUCGGCCAAGGGCAAGCAAACACCCAUGUUCACCCGUUUCUCCACUGUUGCUGGAAGUCGUGGAAGUGCCGAUACAGCACGCGAUGUGCACGGAUUUGCCACUCGAUUCUACACAGACGAAGGAAACUUUGACAUUGUUGGAAACAACAUCCCCGUCUUCUUCAUUCAAGAUGCCAUCCUUUUCCCCGAUCUCAUCCACGCCGUGAAGCCCCGCGGCGACAAUGAGAUCCCCCAGGCUGCUACUGCCCACGACUCUGCUUGGGACUUCUUCAGCCAACAGCCUAGCUCAUUGCACACUUUGCUUUGGGCAAUGGCAGGUCACGGAAUCCCUCGUUCUUUCCGUCAUGUGGACGGAUUCGGUGUGCACACUUAUCGUCUGGUCACGGAUGAUGGCAAGACCAAGCUGGUCAAGUUCCACUGGAAGGGUCUGCAGGGUAAAGCUAGCUUGGUGUGGGAAGAAGCCCAGCAAGCUGCUGGCAAGAACCCGGACUUUUUGCGUCAGGAUCUUUUCGAGGCUAUUGAAGCCGAUCGUUUCCCCGAGUGGGAGCUUGGUGUCCAAAUCAUGGAAGAAGAGGACCAGCUUCGCUUUGGUUUCGAUCUUUUCGAUCCUACCAAGAUUGUCCCCGAGGAGCUUGUGCCCGUCACAAAGCUGGGCAAGAUGCAGCUGAACAGAAACCCAUUGAACUACUUUGCUGAGACAGAACAAGUCAUGUUCCAACCGGGUCACAUCGUCCGCGGUGUCGAUUUCACAGAAGACCCUCUCCUCCAAGGCCGUCUCUUCUCCUACUUGGACACCCAACUCAACCGCCACGGUGGCCCCAACUUCGAGCAGCUGCCCAUCAACCGUCCCCGCGUCCCUAUCCACAACAACAACCGCGAUGGCGCAGGCCAAAUGUUCAUCCCUCUCAACAAAGACGCCUACUCACCAAACACCCAGAACAGUGGCUCUCCCAAACAAGCCAACCAAACAGUCGGCAAGGGCUUCUUCACCUCCGACAGAACCACAAGUGGUAAACUCCAGCGAACAGUCAGCACUACCUUCGAAGAUGUCUGGUCCCAGCCCCGUCUCUUCUGGAACUCGCUCGUCGCAGCGGAAAAGCAAUUCGUCGUUGACGCCAUGCGCUUCGAGACUUCCAACGUCAAGUCUGACAUCGUUCAGAACAAUGUCAUCAUCCAACUCAACCGUAUCAGUAAUGAUCUGGCUACUCGUGUCGCAGAGGCAAUUGGUAUCUCAGCCCCCAAGCCAGAUGACACUUUCUACCAUGACAACACAACCGCGCACAUUGGUGCAUUCGGUCAGAAGUUGAAGACACUGGAAGGACUCAAGGUUGGAUUACUGGCCUCAGUAUCGAACAAGAGUUCCAUUGCCGAGGGCGCAAAGUUGCAGAGCGCACUUAAGUCUGCUGGUGUUGAUGUUGUUGUCGUUGCAGAGAGAUUAGCAGACAAUGUCAGCCAGACAUACUCUGGUUCUGACGCUGUGCAAUUCGAUGCUAUUGUCGUGGCCAAUGGUGCGGAGGGAUUGUUCAGUGGGAAGAGCUUCACUGGAAAGCCUGGUAAGGGAGCUGCGUCUCUUUUCCCGGCUGGAAGACCUUUGGAUAUUCUGCUUGAUGCUUUCAGGUUCGGAAAGCCUGUUGCUGCUGUUGGUAAUGGAAAGGUUGCUUUGCGGAAUGGGCAGAUCUCUUCUGAGCGUGACGGUGUCUAUGUUGCGGAUUCUGUUGAGUCGUUGGUUAAGGGCGUGAAGGAGGGAUUGAGCACUUUCAAGUUCCUGGAUCGCUUUGCUCUGGAUUAA